CGUGGUUAACGGUCCAUCCCCUAAUCUGAUUGGCUAUUCACUGAAUUUUGAAAUCGAAGCCGACGGAUCUGUCAAAAACAUGCAGAGGAGCGGAGCUGAGUCCGACUGUUUUCCCGACAGUGUUUUGGUCUGAAGUCAUGAGGACGAGCGAGUUUGACUCGUCGUCAGAAGACGAGGAGAUCGGCGAGGAGCAGCUGACGCCCUUUCACGUCACCUGGUUACCUCUGUCCAUGGUGGAGAGCUCUCAGUUUCUGGGGAUAUGUGCACUACCAGGUUGCAAAUACAAAGAGAAUCGCAGAAGUCUGCAAAGAGACGUCGAGGAGCUUAAGAACCAGGGCGUCCAGGACGUGUUUGUCUUCUGCACCCGAGGGGAGCUCAACAAGUACCGGGUUCCCUCGCUGCUGGACGUCUACCGGCAGCGGGGCCUCACCGUCCACCACACGCCCUUCCUGGACGGAGACGCUCCUGAGCUGCAGCAGUGCUGCCAGAUCCUCGAGGAGCUGCAGGUCGGCCUCGAGAGCAACAGGAGGACGGUGAUCCACUGUUAUGGAGGCCUGGGACGAUCUGGAUUAAUCGCCGCCUGUCUGCUGCUGCAGCUCUCGCCGACGAUGACGGCGAACAAAGCCAUCGAGAUCCUCCGGGAGCACCGAGGAGGAGGAGCGAUACAAACAGUGAAGCAAUACAACUUCCUGCACGAGUUCCGAGAGAAGUUCACGUCGUACCAGGAGAGCAGGGAGGCUUCCACAGAGCGCUCAGUGUCUCGAUGAUCGCUGCUUCAACACGGGAAAAUAUUGUCUUAGUUUGUGGGUGUUUAUAACUGCAUUCUCUAAUGACUGCACUUUAACAGAAUACUCUUUAAUAUAUUGAUUUGUCUUCUCCUCAUGGUAAUGGAAUAAAGUCUUAAAUGAGGAAAUCAUGUUUGUGUUGGCAGCUCUAAUUUUCCUUUUAAAAUCUUAUAAUAAAGUUCCAGUCCAU